CUCCUUGCGCGGCCUCGUUCUCGCUCUUCUUCUCGCGAGAGGCGCGUGGCACAGAGUCGGCGGUCGUGGAGGAACCGGGAGUAGACCCCGGUGGCAGUUUUAGGUUUGGCCACACAACAAGAAUGACAGAUUUUGGGAUCUCGACUGGCCAGUCUGUGGCAGUGGUCUGGGAUCAGUCAUCCCCGGUGGAGGCUCUGAAAGAUCUGGUGGGUAAGCUUCAAGUGUCCACAGGCAAUGAAGGCCAGGUGUUCGUGGAAAACAUCAACCAGCUGCUGCAGUCUGCUCACAAAGAGUCCAGCUUUGACGUUAUUUUAUCGGGUGUAAUCCCGGGAAGCACCAUGCUGCACAGUGCCGAGGUUUUGGCUGAGAUGGCUCGGAUCCUUCGGCCCGGCGGAUGCCUUUUUCUGAAAGAGCCAGUAGAGACAGCUGUAGUUGACAACAGCAGAGUGAAGACAGCAUCUAAACUGUGUUCUGCCCUGACUCUUUCUGGCCUUGUGGAAGUGAAAGAGCUGCAGAGGGAGUCCUUAAGUGCUGAGGAGAUGCGGUCUGUCCAAGAACACCUGGGCUAUGAAAGUGACAGCCUGCUCUCUGUUCAGAUCACGGGCAAAAAACCGAACUUUGAGGUGGGCUCUUCUAGUCAGCUUAAGCUUUCCAUCACCAAGAAGCCUCCUGCAGCAAAGCCUGCCAUGGAUCCUGCUGUUGCCAAGCUCUGGACACUCUCAGCCAAUGACAUGGAGGACGAGAGCAUGGAGCUCAUUGACUCAGAUGAGCUGCUGGAUCCGGAAGAUUUGAAGAAGCCAGAUCCAGCUACACUGAAGGCUCCUUCAUGCGGUGAAGGGAAAAAGAGGAAGGCCUGCAAGAACUGCACCUGUGGACUUGCAGAAGAACUGGAAAAAGAGAAGUCAACGGAGCAGAAGAGCUCCCAGCCCAGGUCGGCCUGUGGAAAUUGCUACCUGGGUGAUGCUUUCCGCUGUGCCAGCUGCCCCUACCUGGGGAUGCCGGCCUUCAAGCCUGGAGAGCAGGUGCUGCUGAGCAACAGCAAUCUUCACGAUGCCUAAGAGGGACCGACGAGGGACACAGCUGCUCCUCCAGCCGACUCCUGUCCCUCAGAUCCCACCACUGUGGCUCCUCCUACCUCUCCUGGAUUGGUUCACUCUGUGUGCAGUCUGUGUGCAGGGAGGGUGUGUAUACAAAAUGAAGCUGGUGUGGGUCACA